CGUGUGUUUGAAAGCAAUGUUUAUUUACGUGUACUUUUCAACGUCUUUUUCGAUGUAGGCUUGCAGAAACCAGUGAUGGCAGCCCACUUACUAAAAUUGAAAUAUUUCAGAUGUUUGACGCAUGCAAAACAACAGCAUGUUUUCAAACAGGUGGUUGCAGACAAUGUUCCUUUUACGAGUGUGUUGUCAAAUCCCCAAUAUGUUUCCAUGACAACAAAUAGUCAGACAAAAGAAAAACCUGCAUCAGCUGAAGGGAAAACAGAGAAAGCAGGGGCUGUCACGAAGGUGGAGGAAGAACCAGAUGAGAUAGACCUAUACAGAGAGAAGUAUAUUCCCAUCACCAGGAGAACGUUAAUAAGGAGAGUCAUUGAGGAGAAGAAUUGUCUGACAGUCCAGGAACAGAGAAAGUUUGAUGAGUUUGCCAUAGCUCUAGACUCAGCUAUUGUACAGGAGUAUCAUGGGGUCCUAAAUGAACUCAAGACCUUAUUUGACCCAGUUAAUCCAGAUAAAGACACAUUACCAUCACAAAGGUUCACACGAACAGAGAGGCUAGACAAUGAAUUCUGGCUCCUCCAGAAGCUUGAAGAUGUAAUGGAAAAGGCCAACUUUUACAGACUCUCAGAGGACACAGUCAAUAAAGCCCUUAAACCUCACACAACACAAGGCAUAAGGGUAAAAGUAGACAGAAAUGAGUACAAUAUCUUAAGCAUGUGGAUCCUUGGGAAAGAAAUAAAACCUUCCAGCAUUCCUUGGUACAAGUCUUUGUUCUCCAAGAAAAAGGAUACAAAGAUACCGAAACCUGAGUACCUCAAAAGAGUGGUAGUUAUUUGCCGGCUGAAAGGGGACCCAAAAAUCAUGCUCAAAUGCUUCAAGGAGAUCCCAGCUAAAUCACUAGAGAUGCUGCUACCGACGGGACGGACAAGCAUGACACACACAGACAAACUUCUACUGGCUAGUUCCACCGCUGUCGGACUCAGUACAGUUGUAGGGGAGGCCAUGUUAUUUUCAGCUUACAACAAACUAUAUUUUAUGAACCUAGUAAUUCCUACUGUGCUAGCUUCACUUCUGUUAGGGACUGUAGCCUUAUCUAAUUACACCAACAAAAGUAUGAGGUACUUAGAAGAUUUGCAUAGGAUUUCGUAUUUUAAGACUGUGGCCAACAAUCGAGGAUUUCUAGCUUUAAUGGUGGACCGUGCCCAGGAUGAGACGUUUAAGGAGGCCCUUAUCGUGUAUAUGUGUAUUCUGUCCCAUAGACCCCCAGGGGCCAGGCAGGAGGACACAGGAUAUUAUCAGAUGGUGAUUGCUGAACUAGGUGGGGCAACAGAAAAAGUAAUAAACAAAUGGGCAGAAGACUGGGUUGCCAGGGUGACUGGGGUCAGAGUUGAAUUUGACUGCUCAGAAGCUGUGCACCUCAUGAAAAACCUCGGAAUUCUAAGAGAACACAAAAAUAAACUGUCAGUUUUACCACUGGAGGCAGCCAUUAAAAAUCUCCCACGUCAGCCUUUCUCUGUCAUUGUGAGAGCGAAUGAAGUGGCACUGAAUGAAGGCAUGGAUCGAGAUGAGUUCCUAGAAUCACAAAAACAAUACAAACAGGAAGACAUUAGAUCAAAGAAAUAUGGCUGGUUCUCCCGUUUCUUCUCAUAAUCAUCCAGUCAUAGUGAGAAAACGCAAGUCUUCAAGUCUGAAACAGUCUACAAGAUUUAAAAUUUAGUCAUGAAAUCAAGUAUUAAAUACAGUCUUAAACAUAUGAUUUCAAACAUCAUUGCAUUUUAUCUGAAAUAUACAUGUACCUGUCUAUUGAUGUUAGUGUUAAAAUAACUUUUAGUCUAUCCUUCACUGAAUGUAAAACUAAAAUGGAGAAAACUUGCUCUCAGAGUUAUUCUCCUUUACAUAUCAAGGUAUUCAGUGGAAGCAUAUUUAACUAAACUGAGUAGUUUCUGUAUUUGAAUUACAGGAUAUUUUAAGCAUGUUAAGUUUCUGUAUUUAUAUUACAGCAAAUUUCUAUUUAUUUCACAAUGAAUGCAGAAGAGGCAUUCAACAUAAUAAUAAUGAGCAAGGCCAUAGAACCAUUAGUAUCUGUGAUUUAUAGAGGAAUAGAAGUGUUGAUCAGGCAGCAGUCAUUCCUCUUUCAUGUCUGUUUCCCUGAAAACAUGAAUGGCAAAGAAAAAUGAAUAAUUGUGUUGAAUUUUGUUCGAGUAUGAUUGGUGCAUUAAAACUGUUGAGAAUUUUUUUUAUGGUAGGAUCUAUUGUCAGUUUAUUACUGCAUUAAAUUGUGUGAACUAUUUAUCUCAGAAUUUUGGUAAGCUUAUAAAUGUGAAUAAAUUAGAUAACUUUCUUA